AGCCUAGCUCAAGACCCCGAUCUGGAGACCUGCUCACACCGGCACGAUAUACUCGCAAUAGCUGCUGAAGCUGACGAAGCGCUCCCUGUUCCUAUGACGCUAUACCACUGGUGUCCACCAACCGUCCACGCAACGACUACGGUUGUCUUGUCUCCACGUCUUUUGUCGAUGGUCAAAGGCUUUACCUUUUUAGGAACAUUCUUUCUGGGAGACGAACUCGAUAUGUCGGAGAUGCUUACCAGACUUCUCACGGAACGAGGUGGAAAUCCGGAACCAACGUCUCACGUACUUACAGGUCUGAUAGCCGAGCUUGCUGUACCAGGCCAAGGGACAUUUAUGCAUUUCUUCUCCUUCCCUGUAUUCAGCAAUAACCCAUCUCAUGUCUUCGGCGAUGGCCUCUUCCCAGUGUGGAAGUGGGUUAAGCCCGAAAGCAUUUACCGGAAGAUGGGCUUUUGGGAGGCAGAUCUAUCUAAAGUUCUAGACCACGGGGAAUGGAAUGCAGGUAAAGACCUUGUGUUAUUGUCAGGAGGGGUCGCCGAAGAAACAUUG